CAUUAAUAAAGCUCUGCUGUAAUAAUAAAGAUUCAGUCUUUGUUAUGAUUUUGAUUAAUGUGCACAAAAUAUUCCACGGUGUUUAGAAAUUUAUUUCAAUAUAAAUGUGAAUAAUAAUAAGCCUAAAAAAAAAAAAAAUGAAAUCUCUACAAAUAAUAUGUUUGAUAUGGGUGGUUGUGAGUAUUGAAGGAACAUUGGGCAAGACAGUGCAAGGACGUGAAGUUUAUUUAAAACGUGAAAAUAAUUAUUCCGAUAAUGAUGAUGAUAAUGUUAACUAUGAUAAUGAUGAUGAUCUUGAAUCAUCUAUGAAUUCAAGCAAUAAACAAAGAGAAAUAUCAGAGGAAUCAAAUGUAUUAUCUGAACAAUCAGAAGGUAAUAAUGAGGAAACUAACGAAAGCUUCGAUUCACAAUCAAAUUUAUUAACCCGGAGAUCAUCAAUAAAUUCAACAUUUGAAGAUGAAAAUAAAUUUUCAGAUGUAGAUAACAAUGAUAUCGAACAAAGUAAUGAAAAAGUAGUACCAAGAGCAUUGAAUAAUGAGGCAUCAGAAAAUCGAACAUCUGUUGGUGCAGUUACCCAAGUGUCUAUCAAUGGAAGCAGUCCUGACGAAGUGGAUCAUACAGGGCACGGUCAUCCGGACGAGGUUAGCAGGCGUAAAUGUUUGUUUCUUUUACCUGUACUUGCUAAUGCAGCAGCAGCUAAAGCCAAGAUUAUUAAAAAUCGUCUUACAGCAAAAUUCCGACCACCACCACCACCGCCAGAAACAACAACAACCACAACAACAACAAGACGACCGACAACAACAACAACAAGACGAACUACAACAACUACAGAACGAACAACUACAACAUCGACAACUGUAAGACCGACAACUGUAAGACCGACUAUACAAUCUACUGUACAACGUACUCCAGCCCCAACCCGACCAUCUACAAUAUUAACUUUAACAUCAAGACGCAUUACAUCUCUCGGGACAACACCAAGACCAUGUGGACCAGUUUUUACUCAUUCACUAGGAUCAAAACAAGUCCCAAAAGGAUGCAAAUCAACUGCAAAUGAUUCUGUAACCAUUCCAUCUUCUACAACACCAUUAAAACCACCUGUAACAAUUGCACCUUACACAACAUCAUCACAACCACCUGUAACAAUUGCACCUUUUACAACAUCAUCUAAACCACCUAUAACAAAUGCACCUUCUACAACACCAUCAAUACCAGCUGUAACAAUUAUACCUUUUACAAUAUCAUCAAAACCACCUGUAACAGUUAUACCUUUUACAACAUCAUCAGAACCACCUGCGACAUUUGAACCUACUCCACUACUACCUGUAACAACUACAUCUACUCCAUUUAAACCAUCAACUAACAAACCAAUUAUUUAUGAAGUUUGUAAACCUUCAUGUUGUAAACCUCCCAGACAAAAACCACCACGGUGUUCAAUGUAUCAUAACUUCUGUACUAACCAACUUGUUCCUCAAUUGAAUAUUCAAGCAAUAUAUCAAAAUUUUUGUUAUUAUAAUAAAAUAAUAAAUGAAUAUUGUCAUUAUUAUAAUUUAUACUAUCAAAGAAAUAAAAUAAUUCAAUCGCCCUGCACAUCAAAAUUUCACCUUCAGAAUAUGCUGAAUCAAGGAUACCGGAGACCAAAAGUCAACAACAACAACAAAGGUGAAAAUCGUGGACUUCAACAAGAUAAUCCACGUCAAGGAAAUUCUAAAUAUAGAAGUCUGAAUAUGAAUACAAAUAUAAAUACAAAUAGAGGUAAAUUAUCAGGAAAAAAUAAAAAAAAACCAAAUAACAAUUCGUUGGAAAUGAAUAAACAAAAUUCUACUCAAACAAAUGAUUCACAAAUAAAUACAUUAAAUGUACAAAAAAUUGUAGCUGAUAAAGUUAUUAAUGGUUUACCAAGGGAUAUAAAAAAUCAAACUUGGACACAUGCAUUAGUUGAUAAAAUUGUUGCUAAAAAAUUAAAUGAAAUGGAUGUAAAUAAAAAAAAAAAUAAUGAUGGUUCAGGUGAUUCAAAAUCAUCACCUAAAUCUCAUGGAUUUAAACAACGUGAUCCUUUUCUAGAAUAUGGAAAUGGACUUUGUGAUUGUUCAAAUGAUCAACAAUCAUCACUUUAUCCACCAGAUUGGUAUUAUGCACCACCACCAUGGUAUUAUCAACCACCACCACUACCAUUACCAUUUACACCAUCAUUACCAUUUACACCAUCAUUAUCAUUUAUGCCAUCAUUACCAUUUCCACCAUAUUGCAAUGAUUACAAUAAUGGUUUUGAUAAUUUAUAUUAUAAAAAAUUUGGUCGUAAUAAAAGGAUGGAUACUAGAAAUACAUUUAGCUAUGAUGAAAAAAGUAAAUAUAAAAUAGAUAUUGACAAAACAAAUUGUAAUUGUAUAAGACCAGUUAUUGAAGAAAAACCAGAAGAUUAUACAUUUUAUGAUGGUGUUGGAUGGUUGAAAGUUCAUCAUGUUCCAAAACCUUGGAAUGAAGCAAGAAAAGAGUGUAUUCGUGAAGGAGCUCAUUUGGCUGUUAUUAAUUCACCAAACGAAGCAGCGAUGAUUGUUAAUGACCCAUAUCCUGGCGAACAGAUUAUUCUUGUCGGCAUACAUAGUUUAUAUGCUCCUAAUAAUUGGGAUACAAUUUUUGAUACAACACUGGAGUCUACUGGAUUUUCUCAAUGGGUUAAUAAUAAUGCACCUCCCAAAGCAGGAUACUGUGGUGCUUUAGAUAUAAAAACUGGAUUAUUAAAGAGUUCUCUUUGUUUAACACCAUAUCCUUUUGUAUGUAAAAUACCAAUUGAUGGUCCAUGGGAAACAACUUGCAGCGAAUAAAAUAAAAUAAAUAUAAUGGACUAAUAAAUUUUUGGUUUUUUUGUUUCAUUUAUUUAAUACCUCAUAUUUACAUUGGUUUUUUAAAGAUGAAUUAAUUGCUCAUUAUAAGAAGAUAAUGUUUAAAUCUCCAGUGAUGUUAUGAAUAGAAAAACACUGUUGCACAAAGGUCAAAAAAAAAAUAAAUCCCACAAAAAAUAAAAAGAAUAUGAUAGCAAAAAAAAAAA